AUGGUCAUUUUACAGCAGGGGGACUAUGUCUGGUUGGACUUGAAGACAGGUCGGGAGUUUGAAGUUCCAAUCGGCGCUGUGGUCAAGCUCUGUGACUCAGGACAGAUCCAGGUGUUGGAUGAUGAAGGAAAUGAGCACUGGAUCUCCCCCCAAAAUGCCACCAACAUCAAGCCGAUGCAUCCCACAUCCAUCCAUGGUGUGGAAGAUAUGAUCCGGCUGGGGGACCUCAAUGAAGCUGGCAUCCUCCGAAACUUACUCAUUAGAUACAGAGAAAAACUUAUAUAUACAUAUACAGGCUCCAUCCUGGUGGCUGUCAACCCUUAUCAGCUGCUGCCCAUCUACACGGCUGACCAGAUCCGCCUCUAUACUAAUAAGAAGAUUGGAGAAAUGCCGCCCCACAUCUUUGCUAUUGCUGACAACUGUUACUUCAACAUGCAGAGGAACAACCGGGACCAGUGCUGUAUCAUCAGUGGGGAGUCAGGAGCAGGAAAAACAGAAAGCACCAAGUUGAUCCUGCAGUUCCUGGCAGCCAUCAGCGGUCAACACUCCUGGAUAGAACAACAGGUCCUUGAAGCCAACCCCAUACUAGAAGCUUUUGGCAAUGCAAAAACAAUCCGCAAUGACAAUUCAUCUCGUUUUGGGAAAUAUAUUGACAUCCACUUCAACAAGAGAGGAGCUAUAGAGGGAGCCAAGAUAGAGCAAUACCUGCUGGAGAAGUCCAGGGUCUGUCGACAGGCUUUUGAUGAGAGAAACUAUCACAUCUUCUACUGCAUGCUGAAGGGCAUGACUGUAGAUGAGAAAAAGAAAUUGGGUCUGACUAAAGCCACAGACUACACCUACCUGACCAUAGGUAAGUGUACAGUUUGUGAUGGCCGAGACGACAUGAAAGAGUACUCCAACAUCCGCUCUGCGAUGAAGGUUCUGAUGUUUACUGACAAGGAGAAUUGGGAGAUUUCUAAGCUACUUGCUGCAAUAUUACAUAUGGGGAACCUGCAGUAUGAAGCUCGCACCUAUGACAACCUGGAUGCCUGCGAGGUUGUUCGCAGUCCUCAUCUCACCACUGCUGCUACACUGCUGGAGGUGGAUGGUAAAGAUCUGAUGAACUGUCUGACCAGCCGAACGCUGAUCACCAGAGGUGAGACCGUGUCCACACCACUCAGCAUGGAACAAGCUCUGGAUGUCCGAGAUGCUUUUGUUAAGGGUAUUUAUGGACGUUUGUUUGUGUGGAUUGUGGAGAAGAUCAAUGCAGCUAUUUACAAGCCUCCAUCUCAACAUCCCAAAGUUCUCAGACGCUGUAUCGGACUGCUGGACAUUUUUGGCUUUGAAAAUUUCACUGUCAACAGCUUUGAGCAGCUCUGCAUCAACUUUGCCAACGAGAACCUGCAGCAGUUCUUCGUCCGGCACGUCUUCAAGCUGGAGCAGGAGGAGUACAACCUGGAAAACAUCAACUGGCAGCACAUCGAGUUCACCGACAACCAGGACGCUCUGGACAUGAUCGCCAUCAAACCCAUGAACAUAAUCUCGCUCAUUGAUGAGGAGAGCAAAUUUCCCAAGGGUACUGACACCACCAUGCUGAACAAGCUCAACUUUCAGCAUAAACUCAACACAAACUACAUCCCACCAAAGAACAACUAUGAGACCCAGUUUGGCAUCCAACACUUCGCUGGAGUUGUUUAUUAUGAAACCAGAGGUUUCCUGGAGAAAAACAGAGACACGUUAUACGGUGACAUCAUCCAGCUUGUUCACUCCUCCAAAAACAAGUUCAUCAAACAAAUCUUCCAGGCUGAUGUUGCUAUGUUUCUGUGUGGUUAUGCUCCAGGUGCCACAACUCUUCUGAAGGGGGCUGAAACCAGGAAACGCUCUCCCACUUUGAGCAGUCAGUUUAAAAGAUCUCUGGAGCUGCUGAUGAGAACUCUGAGCGUCUGUCAGCCUUUCUUCGUUCGCUGCAUCAAACCCAAUGAGUACAAGAAACCCAUGCUGUUUGACAGGGAUCUGUGUGUGCGUCAGCUGAGGUAUUCUGGUAUGAUGGAGACCAUUCGUAUUCGCCGUGCUGGAUAUCCCAUCCGCUACACCUUCGUGGAGUUUGUGGACCGUUACCGGGUGCUCAUGCCUGGAGUCAAACCAGCAUACAAGCAGGAGGACCUGAGAGGAACCUGUCAGAGGAUCGCGGAGGCGGUGCUCGGCAGAGACGAUGACUGGCAGAUGGGAAAAACCAAGAUCUUCCUCAAGGAUCACCACGACAUGCUGCUGGAGAUCGAGAGAGAUAAAGCCAUCACAGACAAGGUUAUCCUCAUCCAGAAGGUGGUUCGAGGUUUCAAGGACAGAUCAAACUUCCUGAGGUUGAGAAAGUCGGCGAUGUUGAUCCAGAAGACGUGGAGAGGCUAUUGCUGUAGGAAAAACUAUGGAGCUAUGCGAGCGGGCUUCUCUCGCCUCCAGGCUCUGGUUCGCUCCAGGAAGCUGUGUGCCUCAUAUCACGUGGCCCGUCAGCGAAUCACCGGUUUUCAGGGUCGAUGUCGGGGCUUCUUGGUGCGUCGGGCUUUCAGGCAUCGACUGUGGGCCGUCAUCACCAUCCAGGCCUACACCAGAGGCAUGAUCGCCCGCCGACUGUACAAGAAACUGAAGGGCGAGUACCGCAGGAGGCUGGAAGCUGAGAAGAUGCGUCUGGCUGAAGAAGCCAAACUGAGGAACCAGAUGUCUGCAAAGAGAGCGAAGGCUGAGGCUGAACGCAAACACCAGGAGCGACUGGCACAACUGGCCAAAGAGGACGCGGAGCGAGAGAAGAAGGAGAAGGAGGAAGCCCGGAAGAAGAAGGAAAUGGUUGAACAGAUGGAGAAAGCCAGGAUGGAGCCAGUCAACGACUCCGACAUGGUGGACAAGAUGUUUGGCUUCUUGGGGACAACGAGUUCCUUACCAGGUCAGGAAGGACAAGCUCCUGCUGGGUUUGAGGACUUGGAGCGUACCCAUCAAGAACUGAUGGAGGAAGAUCUGGAUGAGGCUCUUCCUCUUCCUGAAGAUGAUGAUGAGGAGGAUUUGUCAGAGUACAAGUUUGCCAAGUUUGCUGCGACCUAUUUCCAGGGUACCACCACGCACACGUACGUUAGAAGACCUCUCAAACAGCCGCUGUUGUUCCACGACGACGAGGGAGACCAGCUGGCUGCUCUGGCAGUGUGGAUCACGGUGCUGAGAUUCAUGGGAGAUCUGCCAGAGCCCAAGUACCACACAGCCAUUAGCGAUGGAAGUGAGAAGAUCCCUGUCAUGACCAAGAUCUACGAGACGCUGGGGAAGAAGACCUACAAGAGAGAGCUGCAGGCUUUGCAGGGGGAGGGAGAGACGCCUCACUCUGACAGCGUCAAGAAAAACAGUGUCAGACACAAACUGGUGUCGCUCACCCUGAAGAAGAAAUCCAAGAUCACAGAGGAGGUCACCAAGCGCCUCAACGAUGGCGAAUAUGGUCUCCAUGGCAACAGCAUGCUGGAGGAUCGGCCGACAUCUAACCUGGAGAAACUUCACUUUAUCAUCGGCAACGGGAUCCUGAGGCCUGCACUGAGGGAUGAGAUCUACUGUCAGAUCUGUAAGCAGCUGAGUCAGAACCCAUCCAAGAGUUCUCAUGCUCGCGGCUGGAUCCUCAUCUCGUUGUGUGUUGGCUGCUUCGCACCAUCAGACAAAUUCGUCAAGUACCUGAGGAACUUUAUCAAUAGUGGACCACCAGGUUACGCUCCGUACUGUGAAGAGAGGCUGAGACGAACGUUUGUUAAUGGGACCAGAACACAACCUCCAUCCUGGCUGGAGCUGCAGGCCACCAAGUCAAAGAAGCCCAUCAUGCUGCCGGUGACGUUCAUGGACGGCACGACUAAAACACUGCUGACCGACUCGGCCACCACAGCCAAGGAGCUCUGCAACGCUCUGUCUGACAAGAUCAACCUGCGAGAUCGCUUCGGGUUCUCGCUGUACAUCGCGCUGUUUGACAAGGUCUCCUCUUUAGGCAGUGGGAACGAUCAUGUGAUGGACGCUGUGUCGCAGUGCGAGCAGUAUGCAAAGGAGCAGGGAGCUCAGGAGAGGAACGCCCCCUGGAGGCUGUUCUUCAGGAAGGAGAUUUUUACACCGUGGCACAACCCCACUGAUGACCAGGUCGCCACCAACCUCAUCUACCAACAAAUCGUCAGAGGCGUCAAGUUUGGAGAAUACCGCUCUGACAGGGAGGACGAUCUGGCAGAGCUUGCCUCGCAGCAGUAUUACAUUGACUAUGGUUCAGAGAUUCUUCUGGAGCGCCUGCUGAGCCUCAUCCCGUCGUACAUCCCAGACAGAGAGAUCAGCACCUCCCGGACUGUGGAGAAAUGGGCUCAUUUCAUCAUGGCUGCACAUAAAAAGGGCAUCUACACCCAGAAGAGGUUUGAUCCUCAGAAGGUGAAGGAGGAAGUGGUGGACUUUGCUCGCCACAAGUGGCCUCUACUCUUCUCUCGCUUCUAUGAAGCAUUCAAGUUCUCAGGCCCCAGUCUGCCUAAAAAUGACUUGAUUGUUGCCGUCAACUGGACCGGGGUAUACUUUGUUGAUGAGCAGGAGCAGGUCCUCUUAGAGCUCUCCUUCCCAGAAAUCACUGCAGUUUCCAGCAGCAGGGGAGGGAAGUUGCAGGGUCAGAGUUUUACUUUGGCAACCAUCAAAGGAGAAGAGUACACCUUCACCUCUAACAAUGCAGAGGACAUCAGGGACCUGGUGGUCACGUUUCUUGAAGGUCUAAGGAUGAGGUCCAAGUUUGUGGUUGCUCUGCAGGACAAUCCCAACCCUGCGGCAGAGGAUUCCACGUUCCUGAGCUUUCUGAAGGGAGACCUGAUCGUGUUGGACCAGGACACCGGCGAGCAGGUCCUCAACUCUGGGUGGGCACAUGGAAUUAAUGAACGAACCAAUCAGCGAGGAGAUUUCCCAGCUGACUGUGUCUAUGUCCUGCCUGCAAUGACCAGACCUCAGCAGGACAUUGUGGCUCUGGUGACCAUGACACCAGACCAGCGACAGGAGUCGGUUCGGGUUUCGCAGAUCGUCCUGCCUGAGUCGGAAGACAGGGUGAAACCCUACACACUGGAGGAGUUCUCUUAUGACUACUUUAGACCUCCUCCCAAACACACUUUGAGCAGGGUCAUGGUCACUAAGAACCGUGGGAAAGACAAAUUGUGGAGCUGCACCAGAGAACCUCUCAAGCAGCCGCUGCUGAAGAAGGUUGUUAACCAUGAGGAGCUGGCUCAGGACGCCUGCAUGUCCUUUAUAGCUAUGAUGAAGUAUAUGGGAGACUACCCUUCUAAACGGACGCGCUCAGUCAACGAGCUCACAGACCAGAUCUUUGAAGGAGCGCUGAAGGCCGAACCUCUAAAAGAUGAGAUCUACUGUCAGAUCAUCAAACAGCUGACAGACAACCACAUCAAGUACAGCGAGGAGAAAGGCUGGGAGCUUCUGUGGUUAUGUACUGGUCUUUUUCCUCCCAGUAAUGUGUUGUUGCCACACAUCCAGCGCUUCCUCCAGUCCAAAAAACACCACCCCCUCUCUGCAGACUGCAUGCAGAGACUGCACAAAGCUCUACGAAAUGGAUCCAGGAAGUAUCCCCCUCAUUUGGUGGAAGUGGAGGCCAUCCAACACAAAACGACUCAAAUCUUCCAUAAAGUCUACUUCCCUGAUGAUACAGAUGAAGCAUUUGAGGUGGAUUCCAGCACCAAGGCGAAAGAUUUCUGUCAGAACAUUUCAACCAGACUGCUGCUCAAAUCUCCUGAAGGCUUCAGCCUCUUCGUGAAGAUCUCAGACAAGGUGAUCAGUGUGCCGGAGGGAGAUUUCUUCUUUGACUUCGUCAGACAUUUGACAGACUGGAUCAAAAAAUCUCGACCAGCUAAAGACGGAAUUGUUCCCUCCCUGACUUAUCAGGUGUUUUUCAUGAAGAAGUUGUGGACCAACACGGUUCCAGGGAAGGAUUCGUUUGCUGACUCCAUUUUUCACUACUACCAAGAGCUGCCUAAAUAUUUGCGGGGCUACCACAAGUGUUCACGAGAAGAGGUUUUCCAGCUUGCAGCGCUAAUCUAUCGGGUCAGGUUUGAGGAUGAUAAAUCCCACUUUCCUACAAUUCCCAAGAUGCUUCGGGAGCUGGUUCCUCAGGACCUCAUCCGACAGAUGUCCCCAGAUGACUGGAAAAGGUCUGUAGUUGCGUACUUCAACAAACAAGCUGGUAAAUCAAGGGAGGAGGCCAAACUGAUGUUCCUGAAGAUCAUCUUUAAAUGGCCGACUUUUGGCUCCGCCUUCUUUGAGGUCAAGCAAACCACAGAGCCCAACUACCCAGAGAUCCUGCUGAUCGCCAUCAACAAACAUGGAGUCAGCCUCAUUGACCCAAAGGCGAAGGACAUCCUGACCACCCACCCUUUCACCAAGAUCUCGAACUGGAGCAGCGGGAACACCUACUUUCACAUCACUAUUGGCAACCUGGUCAGAGGAAGCAAACUGCUGUGUGAGACUUCACUGGGCUACAAGAUGGAUGACCUGUUGACCUCUUACAUCAGUCAGAUGCUGACCGCCAUGAACAAGCAGAGGUCUGGACGGGGCCACAGUAAGUGAACUUCUUACUGGCAGGAGGCUACUGAACUCAUCCGCCUGCUGCGGCCCAUUGGUCAACACUGCAGCUGGGGGCGGACCUUCGCCCACCAUCUGUGGAGGAUGAGCCGCAGUCCUUCUGCUAGUUCAGAGGGGUCAGAGCUCACCGGAAAAAGUUCAGCUACGAGCAGCGACGAUCCCGGUGAAGGCCCCAGCAACUAUUACCACUACAAAUAUGAUGAGGAUGAGCUAUCCAGUGAGGAUGACUACCUCUGAGAUCUCCUAACUGUCCAUCUUUCUACUUUGGUUCCUAGAUUCAACAGCCUGAUCUGCUUGCAUAGCAAUCGUAUUCAGUAAGUUGUCCUUCCCUCAAGAGCCUGAUUUAAACCAGAGUUCAGUUAACUUGUUGGUUGGUAGGUUUAAGCAAAAAAUUGUUAUAUUCUUUACUGGUUCUUCAACUAUUAGGAAUUGCCUCUACAUAUAGUCCGGAUGUAAAAAUAACCUGAUAAAGUAUCUAUAAAUGUAUUCAGUGGAGACGUAAUUGUCCUUAUUCCUGUUGAUUUUUCCUUCCUUGAGCAGUAUGUGAGCAAGUAGUGCUUUAAAUUUCCUUCUUUGGCUCAUUUGAAAGUCUCAGUGCUUAAUUUGUUGAACACUGCAGCAGUCUUCUUUGACCUCUUAUUGUUCAUAUGCACAUAAAUAGGCACUACAUGAAAUUUUACCACAAAGCUUAAAGACAGCCAAUCAUUCAAUCAAUCAAUCGAUCGUUCAGCUGAGCAGUCUAACCAGGUGGAUCUGAGGUUGAAUAAAAAGAAACCUGGUUAGUCAUGUAAAAGUUGGACUUGUUGCAUGCUUCCUGAGAUCCACAAACUCAAAUCGUUCACUUGCACGGCUUUACCAUGCUCACACAGAAAGUCCAGUUAGAAAUAUUUGUGUAUCCGAGUUUUCUGUUCUUUCGUCUUGGCGGCACUUUUAAGGGUUAAAUCUCUUCCUCACUUUGA